CUCAAUUGUAAUUCUUUUCAAAAAUCUACUGUCAAGUACCAAUUAAGGAAGGGACGGAACGGCAAAGAUUGAUAUAGCUGUUCUAAAAACAAUGUCCACCGAUGAUCGCAUAUGAAAAAUGUUCUUACCUAAUUAAUAUGGAGAUCGUUUAGCGUUGUUAAUUUUUUCAAAACAAACCAGAUUAUCCAAACGAAAAAGCUCCCUCAUUGAUAAGUUGAUGUCUAAGGUAAAAAAAAAUAAUGACGACAUUAAUGAGUCAAAACCGAAACUCCAAAUAAAAGGCAGCCUAGUCUUCAAAAAUAGAUCACUAGCGAGAUAUGUUGAAAUUGGAUGGCUUAAUUUUGAUAUGUCGCCGUAUAAACAGGUGAGAACUAUUAAUCGUGGUGUUACAAGAAAAGUACGAGUACAAAACACAUUUUACAAGUCAGAUUUGAUUGAUGUGGCUAAAGAAUUAUUUUUUCCUGAUGGAAGAUCAUCUAAAGGAAUGAUUGGUGAAUUUUCAAUAAAUUUAUUUGACUUCCAGAAAAAUUAUUUACCUGAUGACAUGUCAGUAGGUGAAUUAUAUGAUAAAACAGGUUUGAAUUCAUUAAGAUUUUAUUUGGCAACAAAGCAGACAAAUUCAACUAUUUGGUUCCCUGUUGGUAAAAAAAAAAAAAAAAAAACAUACUGAUACUUCUAGUAUAGUUCAAUUUUAAUUUUUAAUUCUAAUUUCAACUCGUUAGAUUUUUUUCUAUAUUUUGUAGGAAAAACUUUUUCAUUUUUUUGUUUUAUUAGCACUUUUAAGACAUUAAAAUGCUAGUUAAUUUUGAGGAAUUAAGUAAAGUAAUUUGAAACCGUAAUACGUAAACUAUCCAAAACGUCCAAAAUCUGUUUCCUACAAAUCACAGAAAAGAGGCUGACGAAUUCAAAUAUUUUUUUCAAAAUUGAAAUUUAAUCAUUAGAAGUAUGUUAAUUUUUCGCCAGCAUAUUAUUCAUUGUCGCGAGUGAAGAAAAACAUUUUUUGAGAGUGCUUUCGUUGACUUGUGCACACGCGUACGUGUGCUAUGGAACAUGGUCGUGGCCGUUCGCCUGCAGCCGGUAGAUAUGAAAUCUAUUGUUAUCGAAUUCGAAUUUUUUCGAUAUAAUAAUUGUAUAUUUUACACAUACAUAUAGAACCGCACUCACACUAAUAAUCAUUUACGACUAACACAAAGAUUACAGGCGGCGAAGACAAGAUUAUAACUUGCCUAAAUUGUUCCCCUUAAAUAAUAGCCACUAAGAGGCAGGUACGGAUCCAGAGCAACAAUUUU